GGGGGAGCUGUGCGCGGCUGACAGAGCUUUGUUUUGGGUAAACAUCACCGCUUGCGCGCAACGGAGAGUCAGCGCAAAGUUUCCUCGAUGGCGCUGGUGAUGGAGCCGGUGAGCAAAUGGAGCACGAGCCAGGUGGUGGACUGGAUGAAAGGUCUGGACGACUGCUUGCAGCAAUAUGUGUGUGUGUUUGAGCGCGGGGGUGUGUGCGGGGAGAGGCUGCUGAGGAUUAGCCACGCCGAGCUGGAGGAGCUGGGAGUUUCUCGCAUCGGACACCAGGAGCUCAUUCUGGAGGCUGUGGACUUGCUCUGUGCUCUGAACUCAGGUCUGGAGACGGAGAGCGUCAGGACUCUGGCUCACAAACUCGGCGCCUCGGCCAAAAAUCUACAGAACUUCAUUUCCGGCCGCCGCCGAAGCAGCCAAUCAGAGAGCAGGACCUCGCGCCGGCUCCCCAAUGAUCUGCUGACCUCCGUGGUUGACCUCAUCACAGCCGCCAAGAGCCUGCUGGCCUGGCUGGACAGGUCUCCCUUUGCUGCAGUGGCAGACUACUCAGUAACCCGAAAUAAUGUCAUUCAGCUCUGCCUGGAGCUCACCACCAUUGUACAGCAGGACUGUACGGUGUUUGAGACGGAGAACAAAAUCCUUCAUGUGUGCAAGACUCUGUCGGAGGUGUGUGAGCACAUCGUGUGCGUGUCGUCAGACCCGCUGGUUUCUCAGUCAGCCCACCUCGAACUGGUUCACCUCACCAACAUCAAACCCUCUGAAGGCCUGGGGAUGUACAUCAAGUCAACCUAUGACGGCCUCCAUGUGAUCACAGGAACUACUGAAGGGUCUCCAGCUGACCGCUGUAAGAAGAUCCAUGCAGGGGAUGAAGUCAUUCAAGUCAAUCACCAGACUGUGGUGGGCUGGCAGUUGCGUAACCUGGUCGGCUCGCUGAGGGCCGAUAAAGGCAUUGUGUCCCUGACCCUGAAGAAGCGUCCGCAGAGCACGCUCAGCUCUGCCCCUGCACUGCUGAAGAACAUGCGUUGGAAACCCCUAGCUCUGCAGCCAACCAGAAGCCCAGGCAGCGGUUCGGCCACACCCUCUGGCACACCCACCAAGAGCUCUGCCCUCCAGGAUCUUCACAUCCCUCCUCCACCUGCUGAGCCAUACACACCAAGAGAUGAGACCGGAGCCUUGUCUGGAGAUGAGGUAUCUCGCAACCACAGUGGCGUCAGCGUUGCCAAGCGCUCUGAGUCACCAAACUCCUUCCUGGAUCAAGAGACUCGCCGGCGAGAAGAGGAAGAGCCCGUGUACUGCACCACGCCCACAUAUGGCAGGCUGAGGCCCAUCUCCAUGCCUGUGGAGUGUAACUGGGUGGGCGACUAUGAAGAUCCAGCCAAGCUUAACAGAGAAAGUCGCAGAGAAGCAUCACUGAUGCGUUACGUAGGAAUGUCUGGCGUGGACGAGAGGAUCGGCUCUGAUGACUACUCGUCCCACACAGCUCGUCCGGGCAAGCGGUCCAAUGACACGGCCAAACGCGCCAAGAGGCGGAGCCACCACAGCCAAAGCCCCUCCCACUAUGUCCUCCAGACAAGCCAGAGAGAAUCUCCACCGAGAGACCCCGCCUCCAUUUAUCACACAUACCAACAGUCCUCCUCUCUGCAGUCAAAGACCAAGAAGAAGAAUAAAGGACGGAGUUUGGCCUCCCUGAGUCGGAGGCGUGUCUCCUGCAAGGCGCUGGGCAGAGGAGACUGUGAGGGCUGGCUGUGGAGAAAGAGAGAUGCAAAGGGUUACUUCUCUCAGAAGUGGAAGAAGUACUGGUUUGUGCUGAAGGACAACUGCCUGUACUGGUACAUCAAUGAGGAGGAUGAGAAGGCAGAGGGUUUUGUUAGUCUUCCAGAGUUUAAGAUCGACCGGGCCAGCGAAUGUCGCAAGAAGUAUGCUUUCAAAGCAUGUCACCCCAAGGUCAAGAGUUUCUACUUUGCAGCAGAUGGAGUGGAUGACAUGAACAGAUGGCUGAGUCGUCUCAACAUGGCCGCUGUGGGCUACGCCGAGCGUGAGAGGAUACGCCAGGAGCAGGAUUACUGGAGCGAGAGUGAACAUGAGGAAGACACCACCUCCAGCCCCAAACAGGACAGUCCCCCACCUCCAUACGAUACCUACCCACGGCCUCCAUCUAUGAGUGCCUACUUGGAAGGCCGGACCACUCGACUGUCUUCCACGGAGACGUCACGGUCUCGCUCUUCGCAGGAGGACUUCCUCUGUGGCGACCCCCCCGCGGUGGCUGCAGAGCCGCAGUACCAUCCUGGUCCUCUAGGGGGAGGGACCACGCACAGUGGGAGAAAGCCCGGAGGCAGCAGCAGCAGCGACGUGCAGUACAGAUGUGAUCCUGUGGAGUACCGGUCCAGUCCCGCAGGGGGCAGCAGUGAGACGGGGUCUCCGGGCCGCUCUUCCUCAUCUCAGAGACGUUCCUGGCAGGACCUGAUUGAGACACCACUGACUGAGGCUGGACUGCACUACCUACAAACUGGACCACUAGAGGACGCCGUCUUCGCCGAGCCCGGUCCGGGCGGUGGGACUAUGAUGGCCGGAGCAGUUUACACUCUUCCUGCACAGAGGAAUGUCCCUUUGCCCGUGGCGAUGCAGAGGCUGAUUCCUAUGGCAACCCAGGGAGGGAAACCUCGCAGCUUCACACUUCCACGAGACAGCAACCUACACACACUCCUCGCUCCCCCUGCGAAAGAACAGCAAACGCACAACGGCGGCAGCGAGGGCGCAUCCCUGGGCGACCUGUUUCGGGCGUGCGAGCAGGGCGGGGUGUGUCCUCUAGGCCGCGGGUCGGAGGGCAAAGGUCAGUCAGAGUUCAGGCAGUCCUUCCUCCGACGGGCCGCCGACCCUCAGCUCAACGAGCGUCUGCACCGCCUCCGCAUCAUGACGUCCACGCUGAAGGACAGGGAGGGGGAGCUAGCGCUGAUUGACAGGCUGUUGGCCAAUCCCCAGCUGUCGUCGGCAGAGUUCCAGGAGUGGAAAAGAGCCUAUCAGGAGCUGUUCUCUCAGGAGCCAGACUCGACCACUGAAUCAGACCCCGGGCCCCCCCUCACCCCCUCACUUUCUCACACACACUCCUACAUUGAGACCCACGUCUGACGAGUACUACAAACACACACACACACACGCACAAGUUGCUCUCAUCUCCCGCCUCUGGAAAGAGUUGAACAAACUGCAGCUGACAUGUUUUUUUGAUGCAUCCGAUCGCCGAAGGUUUUGCAUCACAGCAGGGACAACUUGACCUAACAUCCUGAUAUGCUUUCAGCAGCCGCAGUGUACAAGUGCAGCAUGACAGCUUUCUGAGGAGACGCCUGCGUGUGCCCUCAUAUUACAUCAAUCUACGAGCUGAUUGGUUGUGCCACUCCAGCUGGCUCGGGGGCGGAUGAUAAACUGAUUCUUAAGUAUUACAUGUUAGCUUUUGUGCUCUUCAAAUGCUCUCCAUGGAAAACGCCAUAUAAAGAAGCAACAACACUUGACAUUGCACAUCAGGUUGUUCCUCCUGACAUGGACGCAGAUCUCAGAAUAGUAUCUUCAUGAGCGGCCAUUAACAGUAUCUCAUCCUGCUUGUUGUGCCAUGUUUAUACUGAGUGCACAGUGUCUCAUAGACAAGUCUAAUAGCCACCAAGUGACAUACAUUAUAUUGUAUCAAGCCUUAUACUUGAUGAUGAUGAUGAUAUUUUCUGUACAGUGAGUGUUACAGCAGAGAACAAGUUAGCGCAGGUCUUUUUUAAAUCAACUAGUCUCAGUUUCUAUCUAGUUUUAGACUUUUGUUUGUGCUGGUUUUGGUAGAAUUACGUACUGUGCUGGGCUGGACCUGAAGCAUGCACACUCCUGGAAUAGGCAUUUAAAGGAAAAGUCCACCCUAAAACACUUAACACUGUUUCCAAACGGCUAUUAAGUCCACGUCUUGGUGUUUUUUUACGUUUUCUUGCACAAAUGAUGAUGCCACUUUCCCUGUUCGUUUUCAGUCAGUAUCACUUUACCUCCAGCAAUGUGACUAUAAAACACAAGACUAUAUGGGGUCUAAUCAUUGAUGCCAUUCAUUUAUGUUUACAUUUGCUACGAAUUGCUUUUAUUAGAGCUCAUCAAUCCAUUUAUAAGACAGAAUAUCUCCUUUAAAUCACUUCGAUGGAAACAUGAAACCUCUCCAGUGAAAUAUUGUAAUGCAUCACACAUCAUUCUUGUUUUUAUUAUUGUUUUAUAAUAAUUAUAUCCUUUAAAAACCAUAGCUCAUGGUCAACCGAGGCCUCUGUAAGUCCUCAAAUACCUGCAUAAAGAUACUGUAAUAUAUUUUAUUACUCAUUGUCAUGAUAUAUCGUAAAGGAAAUGCAAAAUUCAAACAUGCAAUUUUGUUCAAAACUAACUUUGGCAAAGAAAUACACAUUUAUCAGAAUAUUAACUUUAGCAGAACUUCAUUAUGAAACUAGGGAUGCACCGAUCAGAUACCCAAAACUGACUCAAAUAGCUGGAUCGAGUAGUGGUGACAAGGGGGCCGAUCUGUUCAAUUCAGUUAUGUUGAUGCGACAGCAGUGCGUCAGUAGAACUGAAUAUUUGCUAGGAGAGUCUGAUGCUGCCUUACACAUAGAAAAACGAUUCCCAGUGAGGAAUACAAUUUAUUAAUCAGACGCUGGUAUCGGCUGAUACCCCGUGGCCCAGGUAUUGGUAUCAGUAUCAGGACUGAAAAAGUCGGAUCGGCGCAUCCCUAAAUAAAAGGCAAGACAAGUUUAUUUGUGUAGCACAUUUCAGCAAGAAGCCAAUUCAAAGAAAAAACAUAAAACAUAAAAGCAACAUAAGGAAAUAUAAAAAAAGUCGUAUAGAAAAUAAAAACAGGUUAAUUUGUUCACCCAUAAUACUAGUGGGUUACGAAUAAUCAGGCUUUUCGCCUUUCAUUGUUUGCUUUUUUGAUCACACCAGUCAAACCUCGUACGAUAUUUCCUGCUAUUUACGAUCAUUUGUGCUACAGUCUUGGUAAAAGCAGUCAAAACAGCGAAGAAAAACGUUUAGCUCUACUCGGCAUCCCUGACAGCGGAGAACUAUACUAGAGAUUCUACUUGGCCCUGGUAAGACUUGGUCUGACUUCUAAUGAGAGAGGAGAAACCAACUUAGCUUAAAAAGUAAUGAAUAUCUGAUUCUAGAAAGACUGUACCCCGAAAAAAACAGGACAGUAAAAGUUACAGUGCAGUAUAAAAUACUAAUAAAAUAAUUAAAUGGAAAAUAAAAAAUUAACCUAAAUUAAAAAUGGUUUUGCUUUUUUGAUUUCCCGUCUGUCACACCAGUCAAACCUGAUCUUUAUCGUACAAUAUUUAUUUCCUCUUAUUCAAUUUGAAUCCAGAUUGUUUGCGCUACAAUCUUGGUAAAAGCAGUAAAAGCAGCUUAGACCGCAAGUCGGUCUAAGCAGCGGAGAAAACCCUCCUGAUACAUCCUCUAACAAAGGGUCUGCUGCAACUCUAAGAAUUAGGGAAAUGUGACUCCUGCUCUGGUUUUCAGAAAAAUGAAACAUUUUCUUUUAUUCCUUUUGAUUUUCAGCGCCUUUCAUGGGCAACCUGAUUCUCACUUCAACACCUGAGAUAUAAUUACCAUGGCAACCAAAAAUGUAUGAGUCAACAGUUCUGGGAAUCAUAGAAUACCAUCCAAAGAAACAUAAAAAUGCCCUCUAAUUAAAGUAAUAAGUGAGGAAAGUAGACUAACAACUGAAACUUUCCGAACGUCACAUAUUGAUAUAUUUUAUCUAACAGUGUAAUCGUUUGUAAGGGUGGGUUUUUCCUCAGAGGCCGUUUGGCUGUCUGUUUCCUGCAUGCCACAUAAAGAACAUGAGGAAAUAUUUGAAUAGGAAUUGAAAUAUGGAUCUAAUAAAAAUAUAUUAGUUUGUUAAUUGUACGCUGCGUGAAAAUGAGUUUAUACUCAGAGACACUGCAAAAACUAUGAAAGCAAUCAUAGACACAAACACACACACACACACACACACACACACACCAGUAAACACACUACACAGACAGUUUGAAUGCUCUUUCUAUGCUGCUGCCCGUGGUUGGUUGUAGUAGCAUGUCUUUGUUGUAGAUAAACACAAUAUUCUUUUUCUGUUUUUGUGUUUGAAAACUGUAGAUACAGUAGAUCUCUCUUUAUAGAGUGCAAACUAAGUGUCAUGGAUGAUGUUCUCAAAAUCUAUCAGUUUUUUUUUUUGGGGCGGUUGAGUGAAGAUUGUUUUAAUGUUCAAACUAUAAAUUAUGGUAAAAUAACAGUAUUUAUUUAUGUGAUUCCUUCCUGCGUGUUCUGUCGAGAGAAGAGGGUGGAUCCAAUAAAGUGUGGUCAUUUGGAUGAAGG